UAUGGCUUUCAUAUGGAGGGCUACAUUAAUGUUAUAUCUUGGCUUCAGCUUCUUCUUCACCAUUGAAGCCAUUGAUAGAUCAGAAUUCCCUGACAAUUUCGUGUUUGGAACAGCUUCUUCUGCUUAUCAGUUUGAAGGAGCUGUGAAUGAAGGGAGGAAAGGAGUAAGCAUAUGGGAUACCUUCACAAGGAAACCGGGGAGAAUUCUGGAUUUUAGCAAUGCGGAUAUUGCGGUGGAUCAGUACCAUCGGUUUAAGACAGAUGUGGACUUGAUGCAAGACAUGGGAAUGGACGCAUAUAGAUUCUCGAUAUCAUGGCCACGGAUCUUUCCAAAUGGCAUUGGGGAACCAAAUCAAGAAGGAAUAGAUUACUACAAUAGCCUGAUUAAUGCUCUUCUAGACAAAGGAAUACAAUCAUAUGUUACUCUUUAUCACUGGGAUCUUCCACAGGCUCUUGAAGAUAGAUAUGAUGGCUGGCUUAGCAAACAAAUAAUAAAAGAUUUUGAGAAUUAUGCUUAUACAUGCUUUGAAGCCUUUGGUGAUAGAGUGAAACACUGGAUCACUUUCAAUGAGCCCCAUGGAUUCUCUCUCCAAGGUUAUGAUACCGGCGUUCAAGCUCCCGGGAGGUGUUCGAUAUUAUCUCACUUGUUUUGUGGAGAGGGAAAUUCAUCAAUUGAACCAUAUAUUGUUGCACAUAAUAUGCUUUUAGCUCAUGCAGCAGCAUUUCAUACUUACAAGGUUCACUUUAAGGGAAAGCAAGAUGGUGCUAUCGGGAUUGCUUUGGACUCAAAAUGGUAUGAACCAAUAUCUGACGAUAAUGUAGACAUCGACGCUUCUCGCAGAGCAAUGGACUUUGAGUUAGGAUGGUUUUUGGACCCUUUAAUCUUUGGACAGUAUCCUCAUUCAAUGCAGAGAUUAGUGGGCAAAAGGCUUCCAAAAUUCACAAGUGAGAUGUCUAAAUUAUUGGCUGGUUCAUUGGAUUUUGUAGGCAUCAACCAUUAUACAACAUUAUAUGCUCGAAACGAUCAAAGCAGAAUAAGGAAGAUUGUGAUGAACGAUGCAUCAACUGAUGCUGGUGUAAUCAAAACUGCUUAUCGACAUAGAGAGAGGAUUGGUGAAAGAGCUGCAUCAUUAUGGUUGCACAUAGUUCCAUGGGGUAUCCGCAAGUUGAUGAAAUAUAUCAAAGAAAAAUAUAAGAAUCCUGUGAUUGUUAUUACAGAAAAUGGUAUGGAUGAUCUAAAUAACCCAUUUAUCAGCCUAAAGAAAGCUCUGAAGGAUGAUAAGAGGAUACAAUACCAUAAUGACUAUCUCUCAAAUUUGUCUGCAGCGAUAAGGGAGGACAGAUGUGAUGUACGUGGAUACUUUGUUUGGUCUCUACUUGAUAACUGGGAAUGGAACUCAGGCUACAGAGUUCGUUUCGGACUCUAUUUUGUUGAUUACAAGAAAAAUCUCACAAGGAUACCAAAAUCAUCUGUUCAAUGGUUCAAAAAUAUUUUAGACAGAGACCGAUAUAAGACAAGUUACUUAGAAUCCUCUACUAUUUACAAAUGAUUGUGAUAAUGUAUAGAAAAAAGGUUCAUUACUUUGUUAGGUCAUUCCAGUUUUCAAGUGUAUAUAUAUUCCCCAUUUGUAAAUAUCACCUAUUCUGCCGAAGAUAGUAAACAUUAUCUUUAGCAAACUGGAAUGAGAUGCAUUUAUAACAGAA